CGCCUGGUGAAUUUUGACAGAUGCGAGUUAAUGGUUGACUUCCACUUUAUCGAUCCUUUCUUGUAUUGUUAAAAUUACUCACUCUUUUUUACAUCACUAGUAAAAAAUUGUUCUGAUUUGAAAUACUGGUAGCCGUACAAGCGUUAUGGCGCACCGGAAACUGAGAUGUUUGAAACUCCUGCCAAUUGAAAGCAUUAGACUUUCACCUGUAGCUACUUUUGGGCAUUUUUAGCUGGACAAAUUCAGAACAACGAUAUCAGGAUGCCUGCUAAGAUAAAAGUUCGCAUCGUAGCUGCUCGAGAUCUCCCUGUAAUGGAUCGAUCGAGUGACUUAGCAGACGCCUUUGCAGAGGUUCGUCUUGGUAAUGUGCUGUAUAAGACAGAUGUGUGUAAGAAGUCACUUAAUCCUCAGUGGAACUCGGAGUGGUUCAGAUUUGAGGCUGAUGAUGAAGAGAUUCAAGAUGAACCUCUGCAGAUCAGAAUCAUGGACCAUGAUACUGUGACUGCCCAUGAUGCUAUUGGAAAGGUAAAUAUAAGUCUAGGUCCUCUGCUAACGCAAGAUCCACCAGGGAGUAUUGAUGGGUGGUUUCCAAUUUAUGACACAAUGCAUGGCAUUCGUGGGGAAGUGAGUGUUAUUGUUAAAGUGGAUUUUUUCGUUGACUCUAACAAGUUUCGACAGAGUUCAUGCGGUGUGCAGUUCUUCUAUACUUGUUCUGUCCCAUCUGGCCAUAAAGCUCUAGCUAUUCAUGGUUUUGUUGAGGAGCUGGUUGUUAAUGAUGAUCCAGAAUAUCAGUGGAUUGAUAAGAUCAGAACGCCAAGAUCUUCUAAUGAAGCACGGCAGAGACUAUUUACCAAACUUUCAGGAGAACUGCAAAGAAAAAUUGGUCUUAAAGUUUUAGAGGCUGGAGGAAAUGCUGUUAUUGGUUAUCGGCAGUGUUUUGACCUGGAGGGUGAAUAUGGAAUUGUAGUGCGAGGUAUUGGGACUGCUGUGACACUAGCCAGUGUUCUUACUGCAGUGAGCGCCAAUUCACGCCCAUCAACACCUGUCCAUCCAUUAACUUCGUCAGGAGAAGUUGGUCCUGGAAGCCAUGUCUCAGACUCAGGGUUUAUCUUCCCAGAGACACAGCAAAGCUUACCAGUUCCAUCUACUAAAGUUGUGACUCCCUCCCGUCGCCGUGUUUCAUCUUCUGAUUCUGAUCCAAUACCAGAUUCUCCCCCAAAAGACCGUGUCGCUCUUCUGGCAAGCAGUGCAGGAGUUGAUGGUAGUGGUAGUAGUGCAGGGGGAACUUCUUUUCCCAGAGCUAAGGGAAUUUGGCAGUCAGUCAUUCAAAAACAGAAAACUGUGGAAGAUCUGGAGUUUCCUUUCUUCACCAUCACAAAAUUCCCUCCUGGUUUCCUGAGGCACAUUGGUGGAGUUGUAACUGCAAGAUCGGUGAAGCUUCUGGACAAAAUCAAUCAUCCAGAUGAACCAGAAACUCGUGAUGCAUGGUGGAGUGAAGUGAGAAUGGAAAUUCGAUCUCAUGCCAGAGCUCUUGCCUGUCAUGCCGUGGUGGGAUAUUAUGAAGUUACUAGCAUAUGUGAUGAGCUGAUAGUGCUGUCAGCAUCAGGAACAGCAGCAUGUAUAGAUCUACAACUGGCCACAGGAGAACCUACUGGAGUUGGUCUUGGCAUUCUCUCACCAGUUGCAGAAAAAGGCUCAGCUGUACCAUCAGGUUUGGCAAGUCACACAGAAAAUGUAGACCCACUACAAGUGGAUGUAGGAGAUCAUGAUGGGUUGACAUUUGGUGAUGAUCCCAUGUCUACUUCUCCUGGAUCUGGCUGUUCAAUGUGCCACAUCCCUUAUUCUGAUGUGGACUUACCAUUUCCUAUAUCACUCACAAAAUGUCAAGUUUGUAGACUCAAGAAAGUUCCUGAUGUAAUAUUUGCCACAACUGAACCACCAGUUGAAUCACCCAUUGUUGGCAGAGGUUGUCUACUCCAGGCUCGUGUUUGUAGAACAAAAAAGAAAGAGAAAGGUGAAGCCAAUGCAGAUAUUGUUAGUACUAUCUUACCAUUUCUAGAGUAUGAACUUCACCAACAGCUGUUAAACAAACUUAAGGUUAAGGGGAUGAAUGCAUUGUUUAGACUUCAUCUCCAGAUAUCAGUAGGAGAGAGCCUGAUCAUUGGAACUGCAUCCUCUACUGCAGUUUUUCUGGCAGCUUUGCCUACACCACCAUUACUGAAGAUUACUGGACGGCGUCUAUCUGCUGAAGAAGAUAAAAGAAUUGCUGAGAUCCAGAAACAAAUUGUGGAAACAACCAACAAGAACAGGGCCACUUUCAAACUUACAGACACUGUGCAUUUGCACACUCCUAAAGCAACACCACCUCCCAGUCCAUCACAGAAUGCUCAGUCUGUUCUCGUGGCUGAUAUAGACCUGGAUGAGGGUCCUAAGGCAGAGUUAGACUUGUGCACAGGGUCCAAGGAUGCAUAUGUUGUAGAGGUUGAUGACAAGAAGGAUGAAGAUGUGGUGGCUGUUUUGCUGGAUGAGCCAGCUCCUGAUGGUUGCUAUUCCUGCAAUACUGAAACACUACCUGGUGCAGUUCAUCUCAAAUCAGGAGUAAAGGUAACAGGUGUGGCUGUUUCUAUAGGGGAAAGAGAUUGUGAUGAAGGACAUAUUUUGAAGUUAAAAAGAAACAUAUUAAGUGACAAAUCCCAUUCCCGCUCUUUGCACUCUGAAAAUAUGAUGGAAUCUGAUGAUUUACUUUUUCCCAUUGAGGAGGUGGUGGACAAUGCAGCAGUGGAGAAACUAAAAUCAGAAUCAGAUCCCAUUUCCAAAAGACGGCUUGAUUAUCCUCUAUGUGUAAAAACAAAGCAGGCCCCAUAUCGCCCUGCAGUGGAGGUGACAUCAAUGUCCUACUUACCAAAUACACAAAUUGAAUGUUACCUUGGCAACAUCAACUUGUUCUUAAUAAGAGAAAGUCAUACAGUACGCGAGAAUGGUGGUUUAAAUGUAUUCAUGCAAGCAUUUGUUGCUGAGGCUCAAGCAAUUCUGAGAGCACAUGUCCUAGCCAUUGGAGGAAAUGCUCUGGUGUCCUACCAGUUAAAUGAAAUUGUUUUAUUGGAUAAUCCUCAUAAACAUCAGGGACAAUGCUUACUUAACAUAAGUGGCGAUGCUGUCAGGGUAUUUUAUGAGGAUGAAGACAUAUUGGAGACAUCAAGUCGAGGAACACCUCGUAAAAGAACUGUCUCAUACUCGGAAGCCAAUUCUCAAACACCAAUCCAUAUUGUACGGCAGCGAUCCGUCUCUGCCUCAGAAACUUCCACUAACACACUCAUAGCAUAUGAUCCAUGCUAUGGGACAGAAAUAUAGCACAUAAAGCCUUGUAAAUACCAAGCAAACUUAGAAGGGUGAAGUGGAGUUGGCUGGCUAAACAUUCUGUUGUGUUUGCUCCUGGAACUCUUGCAAGAUUAAAGGCUCUUGUGAGUCAGCUCAAGAAAUGUUUUUUUUGGUGUACAAGAUAUAGACAUGCAUUG